UAAAGAAACUGUCAUCUCUAAUACGCUAAAAGGCUAAACAAACAUCGCUCAGCUGUGCGAAGAGAUUUGAAAUUUUCAAAACAUUAACUUUCAUGCUUAGUACAUCUUAGGCAUUAAGUAAAAAGCGGAUUUGCCUAAUGAGCAAUGGAAAAACAUUUGGGACGUCGGUAAGGCGCUCACAGGAUCAACAAUCAAUGGCCAGGAUUUACGGACUCGGUUCCAGCAACGGUGAAGUCUCACAACUGGAAAAUGUGUCUUCAAAUUCUGGAAUUUUUGAGGUAACGAAUGAAGAAACCGAUCUUGGUUCAUAUGGAACGAUGGAGCAAGAUUUAAAGUUCAAAAGGAGAAGAUUGCAUCGCCCUAAUACCGUAUGGAAGAGGAAGGACCUGCUUAACGAAAAACAGAUGCCACAAACACGUCAGGAGCUUCUCCAAAGUAUUGGAGAGCAAAGGGAGAUCUUAGGGGCUUACUUUCAAAGACUGAACGAACAGAAGGCGGAAACCAGUACUUCUUCUGCUACAGCGAUUGGUUCUUCUUCAGCUACAUCUAUUCCCGUAACUCCUCCGCGUAAUAGCUAUGAUCUGUUCUUCGAAAGCGCCUGCAUCAGCGUUAAAAGUCUUCCACCAAAACUUGCGGCUGAGGCCAAGAGCCGUAUAUCGCAGAUCAUCACCGAGUUUGAGAUCCGCGCCAUUUCACAGCAGGAGGAGCGGCAGGCGGCGGCUCAACAGGGACGCCAGCAUAGACUGGAUGAAACAGCUGGCGUCGUUUAUGAAUUUCAUCCUUGCCCAUAAAGUAGGUGGGGAGUUUGCUGUUUGGGCGCUCCAGCUCAUACAUUCACAUCAAAUUUUCUUUUUGGCGAUUUCAACUCCGGAUUUUCAAAAUUCUCAAUUAAAAAUUAGAGUAUUUUACAUCCAGUCCAACA